AUGGCGGUUGUUCGGCCGGCAUCCUGCGGCUGUUGGUCAUGUUGCAGCAUUGCGUGGCCGUCGGCGGCCAUCCUCCGCGCGCCGCCGCCCCCGCCGCCGCUUCGACUUCUCCGAUCCCCCUCUCCGGCGGCCUCAUCCGUCUGCAUCCCUGCUUCCUCCACUGCUGCUUCGAGGUCCGACGGUCGCUCCACCAUGUCGCGCCACGUUCGAGUCGCCGUAGUUGGAGACGUGGUACGUGACACUCAUAACCUCCGUCGUUCUCUCGCCGAUGGGUCAUUGGUACUGUAAGAAUAUGUCGUGAUUCGUGGAGUUUCCAGGCUGAUUGUUAUUUGAUGAGAAAUGAAGCCGUUGUGCCUCAAUUGAGGAGUAUGGAGAUUUAUUCUGUUAAUUUUUUAUGUCGAUAGCAAAGACAUGUGAUGAAUCGUCUGUAGACAGGGUUCUGACGGCUGAGGGGGGGGGAGCGCCGGUGAUUCUAUGAAUCCCUCGGGAGGUAGGGACUGCGAUGGGGUGUAGUUGGUAUUAUGAUCUCGUUCCGACGACCUGAUUUCUCUGUCGGAUUGCCUGGUCACGGUGUUCUCGCCUGCCAACGGUUUCAAGAAAGCCUCGAUCUGGUCCCAUGGUCUGAGAACUUGAAAUUUUGUUGCAUCCUGGUGGAAUCGCAUCCCAUUGGCCCGGAAACCGCUCAUAUUUAAAUUCCGAACGUCUUCGAAGGGAAGAAUUUUCAUAUUUCUAGUAUUUCUCUCUGGCUUCUCAUUUUCUCAUAAAUCAGACUUUAAUACGUAUGGAAAUGCUUGUUCAUUAAUGCCAAAGACUAUUUGUUUUUAUAAAACUAAUUCACUUCCCUACUCAGAUUUAUGUAGGAUCAUCAGCUCCGCUGACUUCUUUCCAACUUUUAAUAUAUAGUCAGUGCACAAUUGCCAAUAAACCAGCUUUCUUGGUAGCUGGGAACAAGCCCCACUUCUUGCUGGUUUCGAAGAUUAAGAUCCAUCCAUCAUAUAACAAUCGCGGUUGAGUUCAUGGUUCCUGCUCAUUUAAUGUAUUUGGAUGAUUAUUCUGUGUGGGCAUCUUUAUUGUGCUUGAUAUAAAUUAUUGUUCAUUGGAUAUUUUCUUCGGUACUAACUGAACUUUUUUAUGAUGAAGCAUGACAAUUGGGACUUGGAAGAAGACGCAAAAGCUCUCCACUUUUUGGGGGUAUGUCUUCAAAAAACAAUCUCCAACAAAUACCAAAGGGAUUUUUUUUUGUAAAAGUCAAAUCAAUGAUCGAAAAGAUCUUCAGAAGAUCUCUUUCAUACAUAUGGAAAACCAAUGCAGCACAGUUACGCAUGUAACCCACAAUUAUUUCUAUAUUAUUUCACUAAUACUAUUUUUGAUAUUGAGAUUUUAUCUUGAGACUCUGUGGAAAUACUUAUCCACCGCACCCUCCUAUCUUCAGAUGCUCUGGAAAUGUUUAUCUAUCAUAAUUUAUAUUAUCAUUUGGUAUUAAUAUUUUAUCUUCAGAUUAUUUGUAAAUAUUCAUUUUAACUAUAAUAAAUUAUAUUUUCUUUCUUGAUAUUACGAUUUAAUCCUCUGAGUUAUUGGAAAUACUUAUCUUCUCUGCCAUAAAUUUUAUUUGCUUGUCUUAGUCCUUUCAUUGUUGUUUCUAAUUCUCAUAUUAUACCAGCCAUCAUGACUUAGAAAACUUUCUUCCAUGACGUUGCAGGCUGAUUUGGUACUGUUCACAGGCACGUGUCUCUCCCACUAGAUGCCCUUACAGCAACUUUCCCUUCGAUUUGAAUACACGUUCCAUUUCUCAGGUGACUUCGGGAACGAGAACGUUGAUCUUGUCAAAAGUGUUGCCAAACUCAAUCUCCCCAAGGCAGCCAUAUUAGGGAAUCACGACUCCUGGCACACGUCCCAGUUUUCGAAGAAGUAAGUCGUCUUCGUAUUUCUUUCUCUGGAGAUCCUUAUCAGCGAAAGUUAAGACCUUUUUAUAUAAUUUAUUUCGAUAAAUCAUGGAGACGAAAUUUCAUUCGUAUAAUUUGGUGGAUAGAAAUGUAUUUCAUUCGUAUAGAAAGUAAGUCGUCUUCAUAUAACUUCAUUCGUCUUUGAAUGUAUUUAUGCUUGCAUAAAUUGGUGGAUAGAAAUGUCUUUUUUCCCAGUGAAAUAUCUCACGAAAUAAAUCUGACUUGAGAUGUGUAAGUGGGCCCACUCAUUAGCCAUGGCCGUGUUGAAUGAGAAGAACAAUGCUGAUGGGAAACUAAGCAGUGCGUAGGUCAUUAAUGAUUGGAAGCAUUGAAGCUUCACUAAUCGCCCUGCGUUGACUUCCAGGAAAACAGACGGCGUCCAACUUCAGCUGGAAUGGUAAGGUUUCAUUCUCUCAAGACACCAAUUUCUUCGCCAUUUUACAGCCUCCUCUUCGUCACCAUUAAAAUACACGCAUUUUGGGUCAACCGUAUUCUGAUUGAUGGUGUUUGUUGGUGCACAUUUUUGUUUGAUUUAUGGGAAAUUUUAAUGUCAAAAAGUAUUUGCAUUCAUUAUUAUUUUGUGAUAAUAAUUUUUAUAGGUCACUUUUUUUCUUCUUCUUUUUUUUGUAUGCCAACCAUGCAUCACUAAGCUGUAAGAAUUUCAGUUUAUAAUUCUUAAAAAUAUUAUAUGGCUGACUAAAUUUGGGUUUUGGGCAUCAGUCUUGGAGAACAGCAUGUUGGCUACCGCCGUCUAGAUUUCCCAUUGCUGAACCUCAGUGUUGUUGGUGGCCGCCCAUUUUCCUGCGGCGGGAAGAAACUAUUUCGGGAAAAGCUUCUGUCUGAGAGGUUAGUCAUUUACAGUGAAUUAUGGUGGGAAAAAUCAAUCUUAAUUCACCUUUCUAUUUUUAAUUAUAAUAUUUGAAUGUUCCAAGCAUCACAUGGCCCAAUGGAAAUCACUCCGGAGCAAUUUCUGGUUGAGAAUUUUUUAUUUAAUUCAUUCUUUCUUUUAAAAACCUAAUUCUCUGAUCUUUAAUCGAUCAUGACUUGUAGCACGUAGAAACCUAGACAAGUAGGAAGAUUCACGGUGGAUAAUAAAGAAAAUAAAAUUUAUUAUAUUAUUUAAAAAAUAGAUGGGUGGACCAAGUAAAUAAUUUUCGAUGUAAAGCUUGAAUCAAUGUUAAUGAGGAGGACCUGAGGCUGUUUUUAUGCUGCAAUCAUCCACAGGAUACUAGCUUGAAGUGGGAUGAGCAUCAAAUAAACAUCAUUCAUGAUGCUUUCAAGAAAGGGAGGGUGGAUCUUAUUUUUUUAUUAUCAAAUAUUUCAACUUUUCUUUUCUUGAAGCAAUUCAUGAAAGUAGAACCCUACAAACAGAGAGCAUAAUAAUAGCUUGAAGUGUGAUGAACAUCAAAUAAAUGUCAUCGAUGUGGCUUCCAAGGAGGAGGGAAUUCUUUUCUCUCUACAAAAUAAUUUCAUUUUUUAUUGUUUGGAAUCCGCUCUUGAACGUAUUCCUGAAGUGGGAUCGUUGACUUUUAGGUACGGAGUCAAGGACAUGGAAUCGAGCGCGAGGAAAAUCUUUGAAGCAGCUGUUGGGGCACCAGCAGGCCAUACCCUCAUACUUCUUGCCCACAAUGGCCCGACAGGUUCUCCCAAAUCGAACCCAAGUCUUCCCCCCUCAUUCACACGAGUCAAAUACCUAAGUCAACCCCUCUGUUACCUCCUUCCUAUGCUUCUAGAACAGGGCUAGGUGACCGUGCAGACGACAUCUGCGGCAGGGACUGGGUCCCCGGGGGCGGCGACCAUGGCGACCCAGGUGCUCCCUCCCUCAAUUUCCAUUGCCUCAGAAUUAUGAUCCACCGUUGACCUCAAGCUGCCCCGCAGAUCUAGCAAUGGCAAUCGAUGACCUGAAGAGGGGGGCCCCCCGGCCCAUCCCAUUGGUCGUCUUCGGCCACAUGCACAAGGAGCUGGCCCGUGGCGGCGGCCUCAGGAAGAUGAUCGCCGUAGGAGAAGGCGGAACGGUCUAUCUGAAUGGAGCUGUCGUUCCGAGAGUGAGGCCAGCUGGGGAAGAUCAGAAGGAGCUCCGAGGGUUCACAGUGGUUGAGGCUGUGGACGGGCGGCUGAGGAAGAUCUCAGAAACUUGGGUCCUCGUUUGUGGCGAGGAGGCCAUGAUUGCAGAAGAAACUGUGAUAUUUGAGGGGCUCUGA